UCUGAGCUCUUCCCAACCACGAGCGGGAAGAGCCUUGUGAAUAUCCACACCUGACUGAUCAUGAAGACCCUGGUCCUUGUUUAUGGAAGAAGCGGAAUUUGGAAUUGCAGAGAGCUCAGGGACAAAAUUAACCAGCAGGUAAAAUGUCGGUUCCAGGACCUUACCAGGCGGCUCCCGGGCCUUCCUCGGUGCCCACUGCGCCCCCAUCCUAUGAAGAGACGGUGAGAGUUACCAAUUACAUGCCGACGCCUCCAGCCCCGGGGCCGGGACCGACCACGGGGCUCAUGACAGGCCCGGAUGGGAAAGGCGUGAACCCUCCUUUGUAUUACACCCAACCAAUGCCCGUCCUCAACCCCAGUGCCAACACAACAGUACAGACAGUCUUCGUGCAGCAGCCCGUGUCCUUUUUUGACCGCCCCAUCCAGAUGUGCUGUCCUUCCUGCAACAAGAUGAUCGUGACUAGGCUGUCCUACAGUGCUGGUGCCCUCACCUGGCUGUCCUGCGGGAGCCUGUGCCUCCUGGGGUGCAUCUUGGGCUGCUGCUUCAUCCCCUUCUGCGUGGAUGCCCUGCAGGACGUGGACCACUACUGUCCCAACUGCAAAGCCCUCCUGGGCACCUACAAGCGCUUGUAGAACAUGGCCAGGCCUGGAGGGAGCUGCGAGCUGCAGGAAGUUCCCUGAAUCUCCCCCAGCCCACCCCUGGGACAGGCUCAGCUCCAACGGUCCCAUCUCUCCACCUUCAUGUCUUCUUUUGGGGGGAAAAUAUCGCAAAAGUAACAAACCUCCUAACCCCAGAAAUUGCUGAUUGGAGAGAUGCACAGGAGAUGCAGAGACGUGGACCUUGAGUGUGGGUUCAAGGGUUUCCUGCCGACCCACGGCCCCAAAGCCACCAUGACUGUGACGCCGCCCCCUCUGAUAUCUUCCAGCGAUUUGCCUUCCGGCCUCAGUGGGCCCUUCUGUUGGUCUCAAACUAAGAAGCCACAGUUUGCCUUAUUUUUGAGACUGUUGUGCCUGGCCCUUGGCUGAAGCAGCCUGUAGCACCUGUCAUCCUGUCCUUCUCUUCCUGCCCCAUGACAAAAAUCUUGCCUUAGAGACUUUAUGGGUUUGCUCCUUAGAUUCUGUAAUUGCAAACUUUUUUGGCACUCAAGCUCAUUUUAAUUUCUUAAUGUUCUUUCAAGUGCAAGGAAGGGCCAUUAACACUCAUCAGACAUAGAUCCAUGAGGUCAUAAAUGCAAAAUCAAAGAAAAUUAGGGCUGGGUUUUAUCAUUGUUCUGCCUUUCCUUGUUUCCUUCAGAUCCUCAGCUCCACUUUAUAUGAAGGGAUUUUUUUUUUUUUUAAUGGUUAAUAGUAUUAACAGCUUUCCUGACCUCCUUUUGGUCUUGAACACAUUUGAACCUAAUUUGGGAAGGAGGGUUUUAUAGACUUGUUUUCUGUAACCAUAUGAUGGGGAUCAUUUUCCCAUUUGUUAAUGCACACUUUGUUUUUGCCUAGUUUGGGAGGGGGUCUUGUAUUGCCCAGACUGGCCUUGAAUUCCUGGACUCAAAGGAUCCCCUCUGCCUUGGCCUCUUGAGUAGCUGGGAUUUCACAUGCUUAUCACUGUGCCUGGCUCCCUUUUUUCUUUUUUAAACAAAAAUAAAUGGAUAAUUUUUUCAUUGCCUUUACAUGGGUUUACUGUGGUUCUUAACAGCCUCUCAAAGUGGGGUGCCUUUGGGCUCCCAGCAGAGCAAGGAGGGAAGCCUGGUCGGGCCCACCCAGGUGCUGAGAGUUUGGGGCACCAGAAGUGUCUUAAAGGAAUCUAAAGUCUGACUUGAUUUUUCAGAGCUAUUCUUUGUUAUAUAAGAGCAGCAUGAUUUCUGGGACUCAAGCUGCAGCCAGAGGUCUAGGUUGGUUGUUGUGCCACUUUGAAAUUGAGACAGAGCUGGGCUCACCUUUCUGGAGGCCCUGUUUUGAAACUCAGCUGGCACAGGGAACUCAUGAAUGAAUACUCAUGUAGAAAUCCAACCUAAAAACUUGGCCAAAAUUCUAUGUAUUGGUUGAAAUUUGUAACUGUUGAUUCAGCUUUGUUCACUGGUGUUUUGGAAAUGCCAGUAAUUAUUUCUGCAGUGAAUUAUGGAUACCAUAUAGUACUUUGGUGUUAUCUGCUUUUCAAAAAUAAAAGUCUUUGGUUCACUCGGUGAACUAUUUAUCAA